AUUAUUCGUUUAAUGUUUAAUUAUUUGAAAUAAAAAAAAUUUAAGCAUCACCGCUUCAAGGUUUUGGCAGUUUGUUUAUGGCGACGAUGAUGUGGAGAAGCUUUCAAGAAUCAUCUGCUGGCUUCAAUAGUCUUGCUAAUUUGGUGCGCACUUGAUAUUUCUCUAUCGGUCGGUCCCUUUUUGGCAGCACUUCGCGAAAAGGGAUAAUCUGGUUGUGUGAAAGCUGAUGAGAAUCAUGUCGAGGCCGAUGCUGCUUGUUUUCUUGCUGAUGGUAUUGGUUAUCACAUCGCAAUUCGAAUGGAGGCAGCAAUUAGUAAAUGAUAUGGACACUGGUUCGGGGGAGCCUCAGAAGCAGCAGCCGAUUUCAAAAAGGGAGGAAAUUGUUAAAGAGAAGAUUAUCUUAUCGCAGGAGAAGAACAUCCAAAGGCUCAAUGAGCUCGUCCGCAGCCUAAGGGAACAACUGCACCAAUGCCAUAGCAAUAAUCAAACAACCAUCGGCGGCACCCUCGGCUCGCUCACAGAGAAUGUUAUUGAGCUUGAGCAACCACAGAUUCCGGAAGACUAACAGACCAACCUUGAAGUUCUCUGUAAUAUUACUGUAUGUGCAAUAUACAAACCUUUGUAAAUUCCUUACUUCGGUACUUUUAUUUUUUGAAAAUUUUUGUUUAUGGCCAUUCCCAUUGUGAUCUGCAAAUUUUUUCUUUGCUCCAAGCAGAAAUGCUUAUGAUAUAAAAAUUUAUAAAUUUGAGAAGCUCAA